AUGCUUUCUCGCUUCACAGGCCUGCGGGCAGUCGUCCGUCUCUUCUCUGGAAGUGCACGCUAUAGCACAGAGGCACAGACGGCCUCCAAAAAAUUCCUCUCGCCCGAUCAAUAUGUCGCCAAACAGGCCGAGAAGACGGUUCAAAAUGAAGAGUUCCUAGACUCCUUAUUGGCCGCUGACUUCGAGUACAAGCCACUUAUAAUCAACAGCAACGCUCCCAAGAACAAAAGACAGGAACCCAUUCCGCUCAAUGUGGAGUUGUUGCAGUACAAGCCAUUGCGUCUUCCACAAACACAUGGCCACAAAGUCGCCGAACUUUCAUUCAAGGGCUACGACAGCGAUGACUUGUUGAGAGCAUCUGACUUCGCUGCCAGAGCUGCUUUCUAUUUGGGUAUUCCCUGCUCAAAGAUCGAGGUUCUUAAACCUGAGAAGAGAUUAUAUACCGUCAUCAGAUCGCCUUUCGCUCAAGCAAAGUCCAAGGAGAAUUGGUGGAGAGUCACUCAUCGUCAAGAGCUUGUGGCUUAUGACGCUAACCCAGAAGUCAUCGACUUGUGGAUCUCCUACAUCAACAAGAACGCUAUUGAAGGUGUUAAAUACGAAGCUCAGAUACAUACCCAGGAGCUGACUGCCUUUGACAAGGAGCUCAGUGAGUUGACUGCAGAGGACAUCAAGUUGCCAGAGGCUUACACUCAUGCUUCUGCAGACCCAGUGUCAAAUAGAGUGCAAGAGUUGUUGAAGUCGGAUGAGUUUAAGAAGGCUUUGGAGGAGAAAUAA